AUGCGUUUCACAUUCACCAUCGUUACCGCCGUCCUCUCUCUCGCGGCCGGCUCCCACGCCUGGACCCAGGACCCCAACAACAACGGCGUCUGGACACCCAACAACAAUUUCUACCUGAUCCGAGGCGCCUGGGUCCAUGAAUCUUGCACCUACAGAAACACAGAGACACUGCACAACGACGGCGAGGACUGCGCCUUUUUCAUUGAUGGGCUUGGCAACCAGUUCCGUGGCCACUGCAGCUACCAGGUGCCGCAGCAGGUUCUUUGCCUGUAG